UUCCAAUUGUGCAUCUUCUAUAUAAAUUUUUAAAUCCUGUGAACGUCAUCCAGUGUUUAAGGAACAUGGAUGAAUCUAAGCAACCACUUAGAGAAUAUUGUGGUGGCAACGAUGUCAAUGCCACCUGUGCCUCGUCCUUGAAGGAAAUAACGCUAAUUGAGACAGUUACCAAUUUUCUGGAGGAGAACGGGGCUGCCGAAAUAGAACGCAAGGUUUUGAGGAAACUAGCCGAAGCCUUAUCUAAGAGCAUUGACGGCACAUGUCCCAGUGUUAUUCAAGAUGUGACCAUGGAAAAUUCAUAUGCCAGCUUCGAUGUGAAUCGACCACCAGGCGGCAAUCAAUCGCCCAUGAUCCUUCAGGGGCGCUCUGUGCGUGAGCUUGAGGAACAGAUAUCUGCUUUACGCAAGGAGAAUUUCAAUCUAAAGUUACGUAUUUACUUUUUGGAAGAGGGUCAGCCGGGCGGCAAAGCGAAUAGCCCAGGCGGGGAUAAUCUGUCAAAACAGUUGAUAGACUCAAAAGUUGAGAUUGAAUUGCUCCGCAAGACUGUGGCGGAUAAGACAGAAUUGCUGAAAGAUGCAGCCAGAGCUAUAUCGCGUCAUGAGGAGAUACAAAAGAAAUCUGAUAUGGAGAGUCAGGCUUUGAUUGAGCAACUGCAGCAACACAUACGCGACCACCAACAAUCAUCGGACACCAGUGCAUCCCCAAUGACCUGUCGGAGAUUUAAACGCAUGGAGACGGAGGUACAAAAAAUGGAGGCACAAUUGUUGGAAGCUGACAAAAACUAUACCGAGUCCAAGCAGAAAAUCGAGCAAAUGGAAAAGACAUUGCAGGAGCGUCAGGAGUCGCUGGAAACGUGUGAAGCGAAGAUUGAAGAAUUGGCCGUAAAGAAUGCCAAACUUCUAGAGCAAAUCGACCAGACUUCCGAAUCCAGCAAUCAGGCAAAUAACAAUCGUGAACUUGGCGCCGAGUUGGCCGACAAAAUCUGUGAACUUCAAGAUGCUCAAGAGAAAUUGCAAGAACGUGAACGUAUCCAUGAGCAGGCCUGUCGCACCAUACAGAAGCUAAUGCAAAAGUUGAGUAGCCAGGAGAAGGAAAUCCUUAAAUUGCAGUCCGUUACAAAGAAUGACGACAAAUCAUCACCAGAUGUGGGACCAACUUCAUUGCGCAGAUCUCUGAGCGAUACUGAGACCUGUUCCUUGGACAUCUCGCAUAGUCUUAAAGAGCGUUUGGAAAAUAAAAUUGCCAAACAUGAGGAAACUAUUGCAAAACUACAAACGGAGGUCAAAAAGAAAACGGCCAAUUUACAAAAUCUUGUCAAUAGGGAGCUUUGGGAGAAGAAUCGUGAAGUGGAGCGUCUUACACAAUUGGUGGCAGCUGCGACUCAACAGCCAGUUCCUGCUGCUGGAGUUGAUACAGUCCAAGAUUCGGGCUCCCCAGCUGAGACAUCAUUCACAGAAACGGAGUACAAUAGAGCUUUGGAGCGCAACAAAUUGUUGCAAUUGAAAAUCGAUGUGCUUAUCAAGCGUUUGGGUGAAAGUCAAGAGACUAGUGUACUGGUGGCCAAAUUGCAGCAUGAAUUAAGUUCGGCCCGUGCCGAUGCGGAGAGUGCCAACAAAUGGCGACUGGAAUGUGCCGAUGUCUGUGGUGUUCUAACAAAUCGUCUUGAAGAAUUGGCUGGAUUUUUGAAUUCCCUGCUUAAGCACAAGGACGUCUUGGGUGUCUUGGCUGCUGAUCGUCGUCAUGCCAUACGCAAGGCUGUAGAUCGUAGCCUGGAUUUGUCCAAGAGCCUGAAUAUGACUCUAUCCAUUACUGGUGUUUCGCUUGCCGAUCAAAGUCUUAGCCAAUUGUGCAAUCUAUCGGAGUUUCUGGAUACCGAGGGUGCUAAUGUUAGCAAUCGUACAUUUAACUCACACGAGGAGAUUCAUGCGGCCAGUUCAAAUCCCAACACCAUUGAAAAUCUAAAGGCCGAGAAUAAGGCUCUUAAACGGGAGCUGGAGAAAGAGAAACGUCGCAGCACAAACGAUGGAGGGGUGCGUAAGGAGCGACGAUCUCUGCCCCUGCCGCCGCAAAUAUCAAUCGACAAUCAAAGUGAAUCGGAGGCAUGGUCGGAACCAGAUCGUAAAGUUUCACUGGCUCGCAUUGGUCUCGAGGAGCACUCUGCCAGAGAGCCGCAACAGAAACAAAUAAGCGAAUCCGAAAGUGAUGCCCCCAGUUGUUCGGCCCGUCAGGAACGCAAUAAGGCGUAUGGCGAACGUAUUGCCCAGUUGGAGGAGCAGAUUGCCCAAAGAGAUGAACGUAUUUUGAGCAUCCAAUGUCAACUGGUUGAAUUAGACAAUCUAUAUAAGCAAGAACAGCUGCGUUGCAUGGACCUCUCACAACAGCUGGAGCAGUUACGUACGAUUAAUGAAGGCUUGACUGGAGAUUUGCGAGCCAUUGGUGACCAAGAGGAUCAGGCCAUGAUUGAACUGCAACGUCUUGUUGACCUCAAGACCCAGCAAAUUGAUCAGCUUAAAUUGGCACAGAGCACUCUUACAGCCGACGCCCAGGUCACUGAAAUGGAAUUACAAGCCGUUCAACAGCAAAUUGCUGAAAUGCAACAGCAACACGCACAAGCUGCCCAUGAGGCUCAAGAUCAGUUGUCACAAUGCCAAAUGGAGGCUAAGCAAAAACUCGAACAGGUGCGACGACAACAUCAAGAGGCUCUGGAACGUGAUUGGGUGGCAAUGGCCAUCUAUCAGGAGCAAGCACAACAACUACUGGAACUACAACGUUCUCUCGAAUAUCACCAAGAGAAUGAGAAAGAAUUGAAACAAACUCUGGUCGAGAAUGAACUGGCCAGUCGUUCCCUUAAGAAGCAAUUGGAUGAAAGCACACUGCAAGCUUCCAAGGCAGUUAUGGAGCGAACCAAAGCCUACAAUGACAAAAUGCAAUUGGAAAAGCAUUUGGACGAGUUGAAAACACAAUUAAAGACUCUUAAAGAGAGCCAAGAACAGCAACAGCAGCAGCAGCAACUACAGAAGAAAGGUCGUUCUCAGAGCAGCGAUGUAUCACAAUCGGGUUACACAUCCGAAGAGGUUCCCUUAUCCUUGGCGCCCUCAGUGUCUGCUGUGGUGGCCCAGCGUCUGAAUAACUCUUCACCCGAUUUGGGAAUAGAAAGUGAUGCAGGACGUGUUUCCAGCGCUGAACUAUCAACCACCCAGCGAGCUUUAUUAAAAACUGUAGAGUUUAAACUUGAACAACAGGCCACUCAAACGACUAAAGAUGAGCAACUAUCACCGGAAAGCAAGAAGGCAAUUGCAACAGAUGCCGCACCAACUCAAACUGCUCAUGACUGUGCCAAGGUAGAUCAAGAAAAUGCCGAAUUGAGGCGCAAAUUAACACGCACCAAGCGCGCAUUUGAAGACACCUAUGAAAAAUUACGACUGGCUAACAAAGCAAAAGCACAAGUUGAAAAAGACAUUAAAAAUCAAAUACUAAAAACCCACAAUGUACUCCGUAAUGUUCGCUCAAAUAUGGAGAAUGAGAUGAUUUGAUGAUGAUCAAUGAAGAUCGAUUGCCAGAGAGAGAAAAUGAGAGACCAAACUACAUUACUAAUUUGAAAUGCCAUCAUCUUGCCAUAUCUCUUAACUUAAAUAUGAUUAAUAUUAUUUUGUUUUGUCAAUUUAAAUUUCCUUUCACUUAUUUCAUUUGACUAA